UCUUCUUCUGCAGUAAGAAGUGGUAUGGCUUCUGCUGAAAACCAUUGUCUAAAUCUGUCUGGCCUUUGCAGAAGAGACAUCUGCAAAAUCACAGACGAUCAGACUGGAGCCUGUAACGGAAUAUGGAAGUGCUGUAGGUCUUGGUGGAUUCUGGUUCCAGUUCCAACCCCACUUAUCUGUUCAGAUUAUCAAGCACCCCUCAAGCAUGAGUUGAAAUGAAACUAGGGAAAGCAUCAGAAGGAAAGUUUCUGCACCUAAAACACGGGAAUAUACAUAAACGCUUCCAGCUUUA